ACGCGCUCCGCAGGUUUGGUCCUCGGCGGCCGCCGUCCCUGUCACCUCUCCGCUCGCCGUAGUUUCUGGCAGGACCAUGUUGACCGUUUUCCGCAGCCGGGCGCCCCGUGCCCGCUGUCUGUGGAGGGUGAGAGCCUCCGGGCUGAGCAGCAGCAAUGACAGCCCCGGGGAGAGGAGCAAGUACCGGGACACCGUGCUGCUGCCCCGCACCGACUUCCCCAUCCGCCGGAGCCCCGAGGACACCGCCAGCACCGAGCAGCGUCUGCAGGAGGAGACAAACUUCCUGCAGCUUUAUAAUUGGCAAAAAGCAAGAAAAUCUAAAAAGGAGUUCAGUCUCCAUGACGGCCCCCCCUAUGCUAACGGAGACCCCCAUGUUGGACAUGCGCUGAAUAAAAUCCUAAAGGACAUCACAAAUCGUUUUCACAUGAUGAGGGGCUACAAGGUGAGCUACGUACCAGGGUGGGAUUGCCAUGGACUACCAAUAGAGCUCCGGGCCCUGGCAGAGAUUGGGGACAAAGCUGACAGUCUGUCACCAAUGGAGAUAAGAAGUAAAGCUCGGGCGUUUGCAGAAAAGGCAAUUGAGAAGCAGAAGUCGUCCUUCAUUCGCUGGGGAGUGAUGGCGGACUGGGACAACUGCUACUACACGUUCGAUAAGAAGUACGAGGCAAAGCAGCUCGAUGUUUUCUUUAAGAUGCACGAAAAGGGGUUAAAAAAUCUUAAUUAUUGGAAGGAUUAUCAGCCGGUGUGUUGGUCACCACUUAGUCAAACAGCUCUGGCUGAGGCCGAGUUAGAAUACAACCAGCAGCACGUCAGCCGAUCCAUCUUUGUAAAGUUUCCGCUGCAGAAACCCCCUCCCAAACUCGCAUCUGUAAUCGAUGGAUCAGCAACAGUCGGCGCUUUGAUUUGGACAACACAGCCGUGGACCAUUCCAGCGAAUCAAGCGAUCUGCUACAUGCCGGAUACCACAUAUUCCUUUGUGAAGUGCGGAUCCUCAGGGGAGCUCUAUAUUCUGGCUGCCGAUUGUGUGGAGUCCACUGCACUUUCCCUGGGGACUAAAUUUGAGGUCAUAUCCACAUUUAAAGGAGCUGAUCUGGAAAAUGGUGUUUGUGAUCACCCUACAAUACCAGGACGCUCAUCUCCCCUCCUACCAGCAAACCAUGUCACUAUGGGCAAAGGCACCGGACUUGUGCACACAGCACCUGCCCAUGGCAUCGAGGAUUAUGGGGUAGCCUCCCAUCACAAGUUGCCUGUGGACUGCCUAGUGGAUGAAGCCGGUCGCUAUACCGCUGAAGCAGGAGCUGAUUUGGAAAGUAAAGUAGUGCUUGAAGAUGGAAAUGAGGCCGUCAUACAGAUGCUGCUCGGUUCAAAGAAUUUGAUAAAAGAGGAAAGUUUCGUUCAUAGCUAUCCGUAUGACUGGAGGACCAAGAAGCCCAUCAUCGUCCGGGCCAGCCAGCAGUGGUUUGUGAACACAGCUAACAUUAAGGACAAAGCUCAGGAAGUUUUGAAAAAAGUGAAGUUUACGCCGGUGUCGGCUGCCAGCAGGAUGAUUGAGAUGCUCGGCCGCCGCACUUAUUGGUGCAUAUCAAGGCAGCGGAGCUGGGGGGUCCCCAUCCCCGUGUUCUAUCAUAAGGAGACAAGAGACGCUCUCAUCAACAGGCACACUGUGGGACAUAUCAUUAAGCUGGUGGAGCAGCAUGGCAGUGACGUGUGGUGGACGCAUCCUGUAGAGGAACUGCUUCCCAAAUCCGUGCUUCAACAGGCCGGUAGCAGCACCAGUGCGCUUGAUUUUGUGCCAGGAAGAGAUGUUCUGGACAUCUGGUUUGACAGUGGAACAUCGUGGGCCCAUGUUUUGGAAGACGCAGAGCAGCGAGCCGACGUGUACAUGGAGGGGAAGGAUCAACUCGGGGGCUGGUUCCAGUCCUCGCUACUCACCAGUGUGGCCUCCAGGAAUAAAGCUCCUUACAAGAAUGUAGUAGUCCACGGCUUUACCUUAUCUGAGAAAGGAGAGAAGAUGUCAAAAUCAGUAGGGAACGUGGUGGACCCCGACGUGAUUAUUAACGGUGGAAAGGACAAAGUAAAGGAGCCGGCCUACGGAGCAGAUGUCUUGCGCUGGUGGGUAGCUGAGUCCAAUGUCUUUACAGAAGUCAUGAUCGGUCCGACAGUCCUGAACUCAGCCCGGGAGGACAUCAAUAAGCUGCGGAACACAGUGCGAUUCAUGCUGGGUAACCUGUCCGGAUUUAACCCCGAAACCGACACCAUCCCUGGACCUGAGCUGUAUAUAAUAGACCAGUAUAUGCUCCAUCUGCUCCAGGACUAUGCCAGCAAGGUCACCGAGGCCUACAAGACGUACGAAUUCGGGAAGGUGAUCCGUCUGCUGGAAGCCUUGGUCACCCGAGACCUGUCCAGCUUCUACUUCAGUAUCAUCAAAGAUCGCCUGUAUUGUGAAGAGGAGAGAGACCCCAAGCGCCGCUCCUGUCAGACCGUACUGGCCGAGACGCUGGACAUUGUGGUUCGCUCGUUCGCACCAAUACUCCCACACUUGGCGGAAGAAGUCUUCCAGUACUUGCCGUAUAAAAAAGAUGGUGACAGUGUUUUCCGGAGCGGGUGGUUUGUGCCAAAUUUAUUGUGGAAGAAGCCGGGAUUGGUGGAAGCCGUGGAGGCCGCGUGUUCUGUGAGAGAUCUGUUCCUUGGGGCGAUUCCAGGCAAGAAUACGGCGGAGUAUGAGCUCUGUGUGGUCAUCGAGCCGGGACUGCUAUUCGAGUUAAUGGAGACUCUGCAGGCCCAGGAGACGUCCAGCACAUCGCAGCUGAAUGAAUUACUGAUGGCGUCCCAGACGAGUCUACUGACCGAGGUCCCGCUGGAUCUCCCUGCAGAGGCCACAGUCCUUAAAGGGUCCUUCCUCAUCAACCUGGAAGGUGGUGACAUCUGUGAGGAGGAGACCUAUAAAGUCAUAAUUCAGCCCAGUACCAAAGAACGCUGCCCGCGCUGCAGGAAGUUUACCGCAGGGUCAGCCCUUGCCCCCUGCCCCCGCUGCCUGGAAACCAUUGCUGGAAAAUGGAGUCAGUAGUCCGAAUACUGCCGUAAAGCAGGUGCCUUGUGUCUCCUCUCCCUGUUGGAGACUUACAGAAGCCAUAGCAGAGCGUAGACACCUAUAAGUAUGCACUGAUUACAGGACAUGUGACGUCUUCUGCUAUGUCUGUACUGACGCCGGCAGCACUGCAUCACUGGGGUUUGGUCUUUGCAGCCCUUUAUACACAUAAGAUCAUUAAUAUUCUUUAUUUUCAGAUGUAAUAUAACUGCGCACUUAAUAGUACAUUCUAACUUUGCUGUAGCCGCGUCUGCGUGCAGUUAUACCGGGAAAAUUUGGCAGUCAUCGGGUGUGGUUUUUCGAAAUGAUAGAACAAACCCUAAAUCAUUUAAAGGGGCUGUCCGAGGUCAUAACAGAUACUUAAAAUGAAAAA